UAUAUGAAAGUUUCUCUUUUUUAUUUAUUCUCUAAUUCAGAGAGAUCCAGCCCAACUCUUUCUUCUCCUCAAUCUUGACCCGGCCCAAAUCCUUGUUCAUCAAGAGAAGACCCAGAAUGUUCAGGAACUACACAUAGCAGUAGCUCACAGCAAGUCACGGCGUCUUCUCGUUUAACUCAAAACGAUGAUCCAAAACAGCAGAAAAUGACUCCAAGUACAUUGAGGGCAACACGGCGUCUGCGCGUGUAGUUUGCGCUCGCGUCGUCUCUUCUGUCCAGCACGAUAGUACCAUUCCAGUUGGAUUUUUUGGCAAAUGCGUGCAGUAGGAGCAGCAAAAGCCAGCUGCGAAAUUCAUCCUUGUACCGUGAGAUUGCUCCACGUGGCAUGGCGAGGAUGGAAGGUCGAUCCCAAGCGUUGAUUUCGCCCUUUCCUCUUUCGAAAUGGGCAGAAAUCGCAGAGAAAAGGUGUUUAGCUCGAAUGAUGCAAAGUUUUUGAAUUUCAAAUUGGAGUUGGGCCUUGUUAAUCCGGAUUUUUUUGAUCCUUUUUUCCUUUGAAUCCGAACCCUAGCUUUCUUCUAUAUAUUCCUCUUUAUUCAUUCUAAAGGGAGAGAUUUUUGUUUUGGAGAGAAGAGAGGAGAUUUGAGGAAAAUUUGGGACGAACAUAUAUUUUGAUAUUCCUAAUCUUACAGCUAGAUACAAGCGUUUAGGAUAGCUAAGGGAGGGCUGCGGGACUAGGAUCUGGACACUUGUUUAAUUCUCAUUUGUGUCCUUUCCCUAUCUUGUUCGUCGGGGCUACCGGAAAUUGUCGAACCCCGCAUUACGGUGGUGGAAAUCCUUGCUCGUCUCGCUCCCAUUCGCUGCUCACAACAAGGUAAACAACUCAUAAUACUUUUAUUCGUUUUGAGUUCAAUGUGUUGGUGUGGAGUUCGGCUCUUUGUCAUCUCUGAUAUGAUUCUAUAUGGUAGGUUGAGUCUUAGUCUUUAAUGUCUCUUCAUCUUCUCUCUGAAGUCGGUAAUGUGUUUCUCUUAAGACGAUUUAAUGACUGUUCGAGUCUGGUCCUCUAUUUUGUAUUCUGCUCAAACCUACGACUGUCGUGCGCUCUUUACAUUUUAGCUUGUUUCAUUGGUUAACCAGGGUAUUGUUUUAUUCUCACUUUGUUGGAUUAGUAUUCAUGUUUUUGUUAUACGUUUGGAGGAAGUCGAAGGCAUUAGCUAGUUGUACGUUCUAUGUCUUAUAAAUAUAGUUAAAUUGAGGGAUCGUUUUUUUAUUUAUUUAUUUUGAACUGUUUAUAUCCUGUUCCGGGAGGAAAUCCUUCAUAUAUGUUCCCGAGUUAUAUGUUGCUCACUGUCUCACCUCAAGAAAUUUGAACUCUUCUUCUGUGUCUGUCCCAUCUCGAGAUAGCCGUGCCUUGAACUUUUGGGAAUGCUGGAAAUUAGUUGCUAUUUUCUCUUGGUAGCAUUGUGAUGAAGUCCCGUUCUGGUCCCAUGUGUUGGUAUUUUCUCAUGUGUAUGUGCCCAGUUUGAGUCUUAUAUAUAUAUAUAUAUAUAUAUAUAAUGUCAAAAUUCGUUUCUUAAACAUGCCUAAAAUUCCUGCAAAGUCUUAGCUUACUUUGUUAAUUUUGCCUGGUAACACUUGUUCAUUUAUUAUUGUUGUCUCUUCAGUGAAAUAAUGGUCAUCUCCUUUACUGUUUCUUCCUUUCUCUAUUUUUUUUUCUUUGAUAGUUUGACUAUUCUAACAUGGUACUUUCGAGUGUCGUGAAAAGGCUAUGCUAAUCAGACCCCGUGCAGGUACGGUCUUUAAAGAAUUUGGUGUUUAAUGUAAUAGUUGUAUUUCCAUUCGCUUUGUGUUGACAUUGGUCAUCAUUCUCAAUCUGAGGAACUCAAUCUUACAGAACAAAAGCCUCAGAUUCAUGUUAAAGAGAAAGACUAAUCAUGCAGUCUUAGGCCGUCUAUGGGCUUCUACUUAUAGAAGAGUGAUGGGCCAAAUAUUUUUCUCCUUCAUAGAAAGACUGUGGAUUCAACUCUUCUGGCUUUUCUUUUUCUUUUAUUUUAUAUAGAGAAUAAAGUUUGUUAUAGGACUGACUAAUUGUAAAUAGGACAGCUGGAGGUUAGUUACAGAUUUAGGUUUCUUCUUUCUAGCAUAUAUAGCAACGCUUGUACAGUGGAUUGGAUCAUCACGUUUUUCAUUUUUAAUAUCACAAGAGAAAAUUCCCAAAGUUUCUUUCUUUUUCUACAUAGUAUCAAAGACUUAGGGGUUUUUCUUUCUGCUCUCUUCUGUUGAAUCUCUACUCUUUUAGUCAUGGUUGAAACCACUGAUGUGCCGAGCACUAUUAUUUCGACUGGAGCACUCGAUGUUUCUCACCCUCACUACCUUCACCCCUCUGAUUCUCCCGGAAUGAUGUUGGUUCAUUCUCUUUUUGAUGGCAAAGGAUUUGCUGGUUGGAAAAGAGCUAUUGUGAUUGCUCUUUCUGCCAAAAACAAGUUAAGUUUCAUUGAUUCUUCUCCCAUUGUGCCCCUUAUCACAUCACCUCAGCAUUCUGCUUGGAGCAGAUGCAACAACAUGGUAAUUUCUUGGAUCAUCAACUCUCUUUCACGGGACAUAGCUGAAUCUGUCUUGUAUUAUCCUACUGCAAAAGAAAUCUGGAAGGAAUUAGAGGCCAGAUUUGGGCAGUGCAAUGGAGCACAAUUAUAUCAACUUCAAAAGGAACUCAAUGAUGCUGUACAUGGGGCCAAUGAUAUCGCAGGUUACUUCACCAAGGUGAAGAAGUUAUGGGAUGAACUCGACGCUCUUAAUGUUUUUUAUUGUUGUGUGUGUGCUUGUACCUGUGAAGGAAAGGCGAAAACUGCAAAAUCCCAUCAGAAUGGUAGACUCAUUCAAUUUUUAAUGGGUCUAAAUGAGGCAUACUCAGGUGUAAAGAGUAGUAUUCUGAUGAUGGACCCUCUACCAAGUGUGGGUCAGGCUUACUCCUUGCUCAUUCAGGAUGAAAAACAGCGUGAAAUGCAUGUAGUCUCACACCCUACAGACGUUGCUUUCAUGGCAAACUAUCAGAAGUUCCAGAGAAGAUUCACUCCUUAGAGAUCUCCUCCAAAUGUGGAUGGACGGAUCAAUCCUAAUUUCGACAAAUCUAAGACAGGAAAAUUUUGCACUCAUUGUAAGCUUACUAAUCAUAAGGUUGCUAACUGUUACAGAUUAAUUGGUUUUCCCUCAAAUUUCAAAUUCACAAAGUCCAAGAGGAACCCAAGUUUUGGUACCACUGCUGCCCAGGUUGGAACUUCACAACUACCUGAUGGUAUGUCCUCUAGACAAUACUUCUCUCCUGAGCAAUCUUCACAUCUAUUCCAGCUGAUGCAAGAUGCCAAGCCUAGCCAACAAAAUGAGCAACAAUCAGAUGUCAAUGUCUUAGCCAAUUGUGCUGGCCCCUUCUAUGAAGAGGCUAGUGGUUCUUGGUGAAGUCCAUGGUGGGCUUUAUCUUCUCAACUCAACUCCACUCUAGUCUAGCCAUGUUUCCUCUUCCCCUACUUCUCCUCAGGAGGAUCACUUGGUUGCUAAUACUCCUUGUAAUGAGUCUGUUUUAGUAGCUGAUUCUAGUUCUAUUUCAAUUCCUUCAAAGCUUUUAGCUAAUGAUGUAAGCCUCUGGCACAAUAAACUGGGGCAUUUGCCC